AUGGCGGCCUUCCAGAGCUAUUUCCACUCGAGCUCCACAGCUCCCAAGGCUCCGGAAAGCUUCUUGUUCGACGAUUUUACCAAGGAGAAUGUCCAUGGGCAGACAGCAUAUCACCGACUGUGCACUCUGUUGGGAGAGAUGAUAUCUUUCUCCUCCUUUUACACUCUUUUUCUUGCUCUGCACGAGGCAUUUCAUCUGCUUGCUGCUGCUCUCGUCGGCCUUGCCCACCGCUCUCUGCGAAUUAGCAACUUUGUGGACGCCUUGCUGCAUCAGCGCGUGACAAUCAAGGGGGCUGAGGGAUGGCGGUCAACUCUCAUACGUCAUGCAGGAUGGAUAGGAAGCAUGGCGGUGACUUUGGUCGUCUGCGCGAGGGGCUUCAGCGGAUCUUGCAAGAUAGCAGCUUUCUUUACCUUGAUUGACUCGUUGUGCUCCGACCUGCUUGGCAUACAUCACGGGUCAGCAAGCGAUGAAGUUUUUCACUGUGGGAACUUUGGAAUCAUCAUAUUCGACAAGGAGAAGAGAGGACAAGUGUACUCUUUCCUCAAGACCAUGGUUCGAAUCACCAUGAUGCGAGGCGCGCAGUCUGGAGGGAUUGUCACCUAUGUGCCGAAGAAGGAUGGGCUCAAGGGAAUCAGAAGUCGAGUAGUCAACGGCAAGCGAACAGAUCUAUCUGAGCUCGUCACUUCCAAGUUGUGGCACGACCAGCUCUGGGCAAGCCUCCGCUACGGGCUCCGCGACGACGUUCGAGUGUAUGCGGGGCACACGAGGUUUGCGACGUCAUCGAAAGCUUCUCUUGAUGGAACGCACCCACAUCAAUGGACGCCAGCCGCGGACUACACCUUCUGGGAGGACAAGACGUCAUGGAUGAAGACGACGAAGAAUGUUGAGGUCUACAUCUGUCACAAUGGAGACUUCGAUGCUCUCGAGCUGGGAGGCUCGACGUACCCUCUGGAGGACAUCAUGGAGUGCUAUCACCCGUGCCCGUCGACCGUUGACAGCGCGGGAGUCGCGGGAGUCAUGGACGUGAUGAGGACGCAGGGGCUCUGGUUUCAUUCCCUUCGGUUCGGCUUUCUGUUCGGCCCUGAACGCACAUCUCUCAAGUAUGAAGUCCCUCCCAAGGAAGCUUUCGUCUCUCUGGCGAGAAUCGCCGAUGAUGUCUUUCAGAAGACUGUCCAAACUGCAAAGAUGGAUCGAAGGAUCUUGAGGCAGGAGGUCAAGUCAAACCUCGUCGAGGCGUUCGGACAGAUUCUGGGACUGAAUGCAGAGAGCGGAGAUGUGAAUCGCCUUGUCAACACAGCUGUAGAUGCGUUCUUCGACCAAGAUCUGUUCCAGGCCACCAGGUUCUUCCUGUCACGGGCCAAGGGAUCCUUCGGACUGUGCGUCUCCUGCUCGCUUGAUUCCCAUCGACAAAUCGUGUUGGCGGCAAGGGGUCAAACGAUUUCUCUAGCCUUCUAUCCCAACUCGGGAGUGGUGCUUUGGGGGUCUGAGCAAGCGGCGGUGAAGGCAGCGCUUGUGGGAGACUCGAAGCACUUCGUUGCCGUCCAUGAGUGCAGCCGUUGCGGAUACGAAGGAGCCGGACACGAAGAUGAUGGAGCCGUUCGUCUUGACUUGGACGACCUGGGAGGCGAGGUCUGCCUGGUGGACUGGGGGACAGGAAAAGCGACGCGAUCUGCCAUGACGGAGGAGUUGCCGGUGCAUCAGCUCAUGGACAACAAGCUGACCAUCACGCUGUCUCAGGAGACUCUUGGCAAGCUGGGAAUCUUCAAGAAGCGACUUGUGCGCCUCCACGACAACCCGCUGAUCAAGCCGCUUCCGCCCGUGUACCCAGACCCAGUAGGGAAGGACAUCGCAGACAUCCCAUACGUGCUCAACAAGAUCCAGCAAGACUGGGACGAGGGCAACAGCGUCAACUGCGUCACGUCCUGGUGGUUCUCGCGGGAGCUGAUCAAGAGGCUCAAGCGGUACGAGGCCGGCACUCACGAUGGCUCCAUCGACGUUCUGCUCACGGGCUGCGAAGUGUCUCUGUGGGUCGCGGAGCAGUUCGCGUCCGACCUCGCGCAGGUGUUUCCGCGCAUCUCAGUGCGGGUCAUCUCCUCCAACAAGCUGCUGGGCCUGUUUGGUCAGGAGUUUGCGGUCCCUCAGACGGGCCAUCAGUUCAACGAGGAGAGCUGGAAGCUCACCAACACCAUCGUCCUCAUCGUCAGCCACAGCGGCGGCACCUUCGGCUCCCUCGCUGUCGCCAACCUCCUCCGCGCCUACACCGAAGUCAUCUUUGUCGUCGCGUCCGAGAGCGACACGCAGAUAGGCAAGCAGCUGCGGCAGCUCAACCCGGCCGGUAUGUGGGACUUCAAGUGCUCCACCUUCUCCACCGAGGUCGGGAUCCGCCCAGCUGAGCCCUGCACCGUCAGCGUCGUUGCCUCCCACCAGCUGCUGACCCAGCUGCUCAUCUACCUCAUGAAGAAGGUGCAGCUUGACGGCAUGGAGGAAGCGAGCGGAGGGAAGUACACGGUAGAGGACGUGAAGGUGCUUGAGGAGCUGCAUGCCGAGAACUUCACGGCGAUGGAGGACAUCGUCGGGUACGACAGGAACGGCAUCGCAUGCCCGACGUACACGUCCGAGGAGCUCAAGAAGAGAGGAAGGUACUGGUCGCUCCAUGUGCUUGAAGUACCCAUGUCGUGGAUGCUGUCCUUCUGCUACAUCCUUGGGACGCUGGUGAGCAGCUAUCCCCUGCUUAUUGGAAUAGCGGGAGCAUGCGGUCUGGAUCGGUCAAGGCAGUGGUGGGCCACUUACAUCAUCAACGUCUUCGACUCUCUCAUCUACAUCUUCCUCCCGCAGUGGACCAUCCUCCUCCUCCGCCUGCUGCAGGGUCGUCCCCUCAAGCAUCGCAUGACCUCUCGCUCGCUCGUCAUCGCCGACAUCCCCUGGGUGGCUCAGAGCGUCGAGGCAUACGUGAGCAAGCUCUUCGCCUGCGCCUAUAGCGCCACCAGCCUCAACGUCUACAGCGCCAACCCCUCGGACCACCUCGUGCACAGGAUGACCCACCGGGUGGUCAGAGGAUGCCUACUGGCUUGCGGCAGACCCGACGGGCGGCUGAUCGCCUUGACGUCAGCCGAGGCCUCCGCCUGCCUGUCCGUCAACCAGGCCUCCUCCAUCCAGAGCAUCGGGUCGACAUGCGAGAGCCUGACCAUCGGGCACAACCCCUACAAGCUCUCGCUGUCUGCCCAUGCUGUCUUCCUCAAGAGCUUCCGCAAGCAGGCGAGCCGCUGCCGCUGCCCCUCUCUCUCUCUCUCUCUCUUUCUGUCCUCCGGCGUGCAUGUCCUCUGCUCUUUGUCGUGCUUCUCCAGCUUUGCUGGCUUGCUGUUGCUCUUUUUCAUCUGCGAACACGCGCUGCAGCGAGAGUUCGGCAAGGAUUUUCUCAACAAGUCUAGCAGCGGGGUCAUCCUCGGAGCAUACUCCAACAUCAAGAAGAGGAACAUGAGGAGGAGGAAGAAGUCAGUGAUAGAUGACACGGAAACAACGAAGAUGGACGGCACUGUCACAUCCCACGUCUCCCUCAAUCAAGGAGGCAACGACUGCAGCAUCUCCAUUCGAUCCCCCGAGGAGACAGGGCAUGGCCUGAUGGACGUGAGCGAGCACACUCAUGAGCUGGUGGAGCUCAUGAACGAGGGGAAGUUGCACCGGAAGAAGUCGAAGAAAGAGAUGAAGUCGCUGCUGGGAGAGCUGCACAACAAGAGCAUGCGCGUGCUGAUGGAGGAGAACUACUACGGGGAGCUGCUGGAGAAGGAGAUGGAGGGGACGCCUCUCAUGGAGCUCGUCAACUCGCAGACCGUGGCGAUGCGGCUGUACGAGUCGAGGAUCGCGUCCAUGCAGCGCUGCGUCGCGUUCUACGUGAUGUUCCAUACUCUCGGCAAGCGAGUGCAAGACUUCUGGCCGUCGGUGUCGCUGGGGUACCUGCGCUACGACAUGAGCAGGACUCACUCCAUCAUGCGCAUCGCCACCACCGCCUCCCCGGUGAGCGGCGCGGAGGUCAGAGACAUCACCAUAGAGCUCGAGCAGAAGCGACGCAUCGCGCACUCCCGCACCCUCCUGUCGAGGUACUUGGAGAAGAGGAAGCUGCGGCUGCAGAGGGAGAAGGAGAGAGCGAGGAUGGAGGAGGAGACGAGGAAGAAGUUGCUCUCCCACUUCGACCCGGAGCAGAUCUCCAUGCUGGGAAAGCUCAUGGGCACGCAGCUCAACACGGCAGACCCGAGCAUGGUAGUGCUGCAAGCCAUCGUUGAUGGUAAGAAGCCGGGAGAUCUUAAGGAUGCAGCGCCGGAGGAGGUGGCGAGCUCGCUUCAGGAACCAGCAUCCCCUGACAUCCAGCCUGUGGAGGUAGAGGAGGAAGACGAGCGACGGGCUGCCGCAGAGCUGCCCCUGGCGGAGUCAAGCGAAGUAUGA